ACAAAGUACGCGAGUGUUGUAAAAUGUUUGUUGCAUUAGCAGCGCUGCUACUGCUCUGCUGCUGCUCUGCCCCAUGUGCAGCUGCCGAUGAGUUGCCACACAAAUUGCAAGAUGAUUCGAAACAUGCACAGGAGAUCCCAUCUAGUAAGCCAGAGAAUCCCAACCCGCUUCUCGCCAUUCCCAAGUGGAUAAACGAAGACUAUUUUCGUCCAAUAAUUGAAAAAGAUGUGACGGACUUUGUGAGGAUAAAGAACUUUACAUCCAUAGCAGCAACGAAAGCAGGUGACAACUUCUCCUCAAUCAUGGUGAGAGUAAUCGUUGACAUUGAGCUUAAAGAUGGCAGUGAGCAGGAAAUGUCCUACAUUCUAAAGACGGUUUUAGAGAACAGUAAAGGAGGUAGUAUGUUUCCCAGGGAAACGAAUAUGUAUCAGACCCAAAUACCCAACUUUAUCAGGCUCUAUAAGGAGGCAGGCGUGGACGUUCAACUCGGACCCAAAUGUGUCCAUAUUGAUGAAAAUCCGGAUGGUAUAACAAUCGUGAUGGAGGAUCUGAAACGACAGAAAUUUCAGAACGUUGAUCGCACCAAGGGACUCGAUAUGGAACACAUGCGUGGGGUUCUACACAAAGCGGCCGAGUUGCAUGCCGCCUCUGCGGUAACCUACGAACAAAAUGGACCCUUUAACGAGAUGUACAAUCAUACCCUGUAUAAUGAAAACCAUCGUGAAAGAUGGGAGAAAGUGCUUAAACUUCGAAAUGUGCAGUAUAUUCAGGCAAUGCGGGAAUGGCAACUUCCGGAUGUGGAGAAAUAUAUUGCAAAGGUUUUAUCUCCAAGGGAGACGUUCGAUAUUGGAAAAAGACUGUCGAAAGUCGACGAAAAUGAAUUCAAUUGCUUAAACCACGGUGAUCUAUGGUGUAACAAUGUAAUGUUUUCUGAAGAUCGCACUUUGCUUAUCGAUUUUCAACUUGUAAAAUGGGGAUCUCCUGCCCAUGAUCUUUGGUAUUUAAUAGCAUCGUCUUCCUCACUGGACAUUAAGAUCACGGAAUUUGAUCAUUUCAUUGAAAUCUAUCACACGCGUUUGGUGGAAUGCCUCAAAUUACUAAAAUAUUCCAAGCCCAUUCCCACACUGAGGGAAUUACACAUCAUGAUGCUCAAAUACGGCGAUUUGGGUAUGAUCACGGCGACUGGUAUUUUAGUGAUUGCACUUUUGCCACAUGAUAAGAAUUUCGAUAUAAAUAAUUACUAUGCCCAGGGCCCUGAAGGCGACGAUUUUCGUUAUAAAGCUUUUUCUAAUCCCUACUACGUGAAAGCUAUGCUCCAGCUAAAUCCGUUCCUCAACAACAAAGGGCUUCUAUGAAAAAACCGUCGUUAUAUUUUUUCGGAGGAUUGCAAAUAAGAGUUAUUUUUAAUUAUUAAAAUUAAU